AUGAUAGACGAUCAGAGCAAUAGAACCUUAGCUCGUUCCAAGUUUUUUGAUCACUUUGGGUUAGAGGGCAAUGACUGUGUUUUCACGUUGAAUUCCUGCGGUGGGAGUGUUACAUUUUCUGGAAGAACAGCAGAGGGAUUCGUCAUUGAGCCAGUGUCAGCUGAACAGAAGUUGUACUUACCUAAAAUUAUAGAAUGUGACGAGAUUCCCAACAAUCGUAAGGAAAUACCGACUCCUGAAGUGGCGUCUGCAUAUCAACAUCUGUUGGAUAUUGCACCAUUAAUUCCUGAUUUGGAUCAUACAGCCGAGAUUCUGCUUCUCAUAGGAAGGGAUCUGAUCCAAGCACAUCAUGUGAUCGAACAAAAACUUGGGCCCCCAGACUUGCCGUUUGCGCAAAAACUCUACUUGGGGUGGACUAUUAUCGGUGAAGUGUGUUUGGGUAGUGCUCAUAGACCUAAUUCCAUUGUAGUGAAUAAGACUCAUGUGUUGGACAAUGGGCGUAGUACCCUACUUGAGCCUUGUGAUUCCAAGUUACUUAUCACACAAGAAAAACAUCAACAUGUUGUCGGUUCUUGUUCAGGAAUAUUCUGUACUACGGUGAAUGAUGAGACCCCUGGAAUGUCGACUGAGGACCGCCAGUUUCUGGAAAUAAUGGACAGGGAGUUCCACCGAGAUUCCUAUGGAAAAUGGACAGCCCCAUUACCCUUCCAACAUGAUAGGCCUGUGUUACCAAAUAAUUACACCCAAGCAAUGAGACGGGCUAUGAUCUUAGAUGCUUCGUUGAGAAAAAAUCCCACCAAACUUGGACAUGCCUUGGAAUUCAUGAGGAACAUUUUUGACAGAAAUCACACAGAGGUAGCCCCACCUCUGAAACCAAACGAAGAAUGUUGGUACCUACCAAUUUUCGGGGUGUACCACCCACUUAAACCGGAGAAGAUUCGCAUGGUGUUCGACUCUUCAGCUCGCUUCCAGGACUUGUCCCUGAACAGCGUACUUUUGUCAGGUCCAGACCUUACAAAUAGUCUCAUUGGAGUGUUGAUGCGUUUUAGGAUGGAAGCCGUAGCUGUGACCGCAGAUAUAGAGCAAAUGUUCCACUGCUUUGGUGUCUCAGAGAAACAUAGGAACUUCUUAAGAUUUUUAUGGUACACAGACAACGAUCCUACCAAGCCUCUAACCGAGUACCGCAUGACAGUCCAGGUUUUUGGAAACACCCCAUCACCUGCUGUAGCAACUUAUGGGUUUCGUUUUGCUGCCAUUCAAGCAGAACACAGCUUUGGGAAGGACGUAAGAGAGUUUGUGGAGCGGAACUUUUACGUGGAUGAUGGUCUGGUGUCCCUACCAACAUCACAAGAAGCCAUAGAUCUCCUACGACGAACUCAGGCCUUACUGACCCAUGGGAACCUCAGAUUACAUAAGAUUGCGUCUAAUGACCCUAGAGUGAUGCAGAGCUUUGAUGUGAAAGAUCUAGCAAAGGACUUGAUUGACUUAGAUAUUACACAUGAUGAUCUUCCAACCCAGAGGAGUCUAGGACUCGUGUGGGAUCUUCAGAGGGAUGCCUUUGGGUUUAAACUUACCAGGAAGGAGAAACCGUACACUAAAAGAGGAGUUUUAUCAUGUGUUAAUAGCCUGUACGACCCUCUAGGCUUCAUAGCGCCUAUCACUAUUCAGGGAAAGCUACUUCUUCGAGAAAUGACACAGGCACCUUCUGUAGACUGGGAUGCUCCCUUACCAGAAGAAUUCCAGAGCAGAUGGGAUGAUUGGACCCAAUCAUUGACUCGUCUUGGAGCAUUUAAUGUACCUCGUAAGUACCUACCCAUUGGCUUCUCACAGCUUCAAGAGAAGAAUGUACUGAUUUUCACAGAUGCCUCGGAGGUUGCUAUUGCUUCUGUUGUGAACCAAUGA